AAACACACCCUAAAAAGCAAUAACCAUAACAAGAAGCUGCUCAAAUCUUUUAUAGCUUUCAGUCCAAAAUCUUGAAAUCUGGCCUGAAAAUCUUGAAACCCCACUAUAGAAAUGGUCAAUAGUUGUCGUAUAGUACUAUUCUGUUCUCUCAUUUCUCUCUCAAUCUUAGUUUCAUCUCAACAACUUGAUGGCUUCAUUUACACAAGAUUCAAUGAACCAAACAACAACAUCACCUUAAGUGGAGUUGCAGAAAUAAGCCAAAAUGGAUUUAUUCAAUUAACUAAUGAAACAAGUAGAUUAAUGGGGCAUGCUUUGUAUUCUUCACCUUUUCAGUUCAAGAACUCAACUAAUGGCACUGUGUAUUCAUUUUCAACAUGUUUUGCUCUUGCUAUAGUCCCUGAAUAUCCAAAACUUGGUGGCCAUGGACUUGCUUUUACCAUUUCUCAGUCCAAUGAUUUCAGUACAGCUCUUCCAAGUCAGUAUCUUGGUUUACUAAAUGCUACUGAUGUUGGUAACUUCUCAAAUCAUAUAUUUGCUGUUGAGUUCGAUACAGUACAAGAUUUUGAGUUUGGAGAUAUUAAUGAUAACCAUGUUGGUAUAAAUAUCAAUAGUUUAAGGUCUAAUAUGUCUGCUGCUGCUUCUUAUUUUGAUGAUGAUUUGGUUAAAGAAGAUCUGAAUCUUAAAUGUGGUAAGGUAAUAUUGGCAUGGGUAGAAUAUGAUUCUGUUACAAACUUGGUUAAUGUUAGUCUUUCAAGAUUAACAACAAAGCCCAAGUUGCCUCUUUUCUCUUAUCAUAUAGAUCUUUCUCCAUUUCUCAAAGAAAAAAUGUAUGUUGGUUUUUCUGCUUCGACCGGUUUGCUUGCAAGUUCACAUUAUAUUUUUGGUUGGAGCUUUAAGUUGAAUGGUAAAGCCACGUUUCUUGACUUGGAUUCACUUCCAUCAUUGCCUGGUCUCAAGAAGAAGCACACUGGGCUUAUUCUAGCCAUGUCAAUUAUAGGAUUUGUUUUUGUUUUGAUUGCUGUAUUAGUUGGUAUUUAUUUAAUUAGGAGAUUUAAGAAUGCUGAUGUGAUAGAGUCUUGGGAGCUUGAGGUUGGUCCUCAUAGAUAUUCUUAUCAAGAACUCAAGCAAGCUACUAGAGGUUUUAAGGAUAGUGAGCUUCUUGGGCUUGGUGGAUUUGGCAAAGUGUACAAGGGUGUUUUACAAAAUUCGAAUAUGGAAAUCGCUGUGAAGCGUAUUUCCCAUGAAUCUAAACAGGGUUUACGUGAAUUUGUGUCUGAAAUAUCUAGCAUUGGAAGACUUCGUCAUAGGAAUUUGGUUCAAUUAGUUGGAUGGUGUAGACGUCGUGGUGAUCUGUUACUUGUGUAUGAUUUUAUGCCUAAUGGAAGCUUGGAUAAUUUCUUGUUUGAAAAAACUAGAAUGGUGUUGACAUGGGAGCAGAGGUUCAAAAUCAUCAAAGGAGUUGCUUCUGGUUUACUAUACUUACAUGAAGGUUAUGAACAAGUUGUGGUGCAUCGAGACGUUAAGGCUAGUAAUGUGCUACUAGAUGGGGAGUUAAAUGGCAGGCUUGGUGAUUUUGGUCUAGCAAGAUUAUACGAGCACGGAUCAAACCCGUCCACGACCAGGGUGGUUGGCACAUUGGGGUACCUUGCACCCGAAUUACCAAGAACAGGACGGGCUACUGAAAAAUCUGAUGUUUUUGCCUUUGGUGCAUUGUUGCUUGAAGUGGUAUGCGGGCGUAGACCGAUUGAGUCAAAGGCAGGACCUGAGGAAUUAGUUCUAGUGGACGUGGUGUGGAACAAAUGGAGAGAAGGAAAAGUUCUUGAUGUUAUAGACAAGAGAUUGAAAGGUGAUUUCAAUGAAAGUGAAGUUCUGAUGGUGAUGAAAUUGGGACUAAUGUGUUCAAACAAUGAGGCGUCAUCUCGACCUAGCAUGAGACAAGUGAUGAGUUACUUGGAAGGUGAAGCUGAUUUGCCUGCUGGUGCUCCAAUGGCUCCUGGUGAUUAUAAUGGAGCAUUUGGGUUCGACGAAAAUGAAUGUCUGCAUUCUUUAGCAUCUUCAAGGGGACACACAUAUUUGGCUGAUGGAAAUGUAGAUGGUACAUUUGUUUCUGUUUCUACUGCACCGCUUUCAUGUUUAUUUACUGAUGAACUACCUAGAUAGUGAUUGUGAAGAAGUGUGCAGAUUUUUGUUUUUGUUUUUUCUUUUUUCCAGGAACAUUUUCCUGAUGAAUACUACUUUAAAGUUCAAAGCUAAAUUACAGUACAUUCUUUGUUCUUAACUUCUUUCUGGCCUUUCACUUUUUAGUGUUUGUAAUCAUCUAAGAAAUGAAAGGAGUUUCACACUUCUAUGACACAGUUAUGAAAGUUUAGCUAUUGUUUUUGGUCAAGAAA